CAAAUUUGUAUAUAAAAUAUAUAGAAGUGAGCUCAGAUUUCACAAGUUGUAUUUGUGCACCGAGAAGAAGAACAACAAAUUUGUGAAAAUGCCAUGUGUUGGAUGUGAAAAGGAAUGCAAAUGCACCGCAGAGAAGUGCUCUGAGAGCUGUAAAUGCAGCGCGCCUGGCAAAUGCGGCUGUAACCCAUCCAAAUCAGCGGAAACCUCGAGCGGAGGUUGCUGCAAAAAAGUUGAGGGUGCUGGCGGUAGCAAAGUAGAGCAUGAGUGCUGCAAGAACGCCAAGAACUGAAUUAAGAAAGAUCAAUAUAUUAUAAAAGAACCAAAUCGAUGUAUUUUGCUUGCAUUUGAUCAAAAUAUAUCUGCUAGUAAGCUAUGUAUUUGUCAUCAUUAAACAUAA